CAAAGGUUCUCUCUGACAGCUUCUGUGUGGGGUCCGGGGUUAAAGGUGUUCCAAUCUCCUGCUGAGGACAGAGAGCAGGAGAUGAGCUGUUGAGCCACGGGUCGGCUCUUAAGGGAAAAUACGCUGCAAUACUCAGCUGCAAAAAAGGGGGACCUGACCAUCAAAGACUCGGUCGACCAUAAGAGGUGGGGGGGAGAAGAAACUUCUUAAACUUAAGGACGAGGUGAGCCCUUUGCAACAGGGCUGAGAGGCAAGGAUGGAGAACGCGCACGCCAAAACCACUGAGGAAGCCCUGGCCUAUUUUGGGGUCAAUGAAAACACAGGUCUCGCUGCUGAUCAAGUCAAGAAAAACUUUGACAAGUAUGGACCCAAUGAGCUCCCAGCAGAGGAGGGAAAAACAAUUUGGGAGUUAGUUGCAGAACAGUUUGAAGAUCUGCUUGUCCGAAUUCUGCUGCUGGCUGCUAUCAUAUCAUUUGUGCUGGCCUGGUUUGAGGAAGGUGAAGAGACAGUCACAGCCUUUGUGGAACCCUUUGUCAUCCUCCUGAUCUUGAUCGCUAACGCAGUUGUAGGAGUCUGGCAGGAAAGAAACGCUGAAGAUGCCAUUGAGGCUCUUAAGGAAUAUGAGCCCGAGAUUGGAAAAGUCUACCGCAGUGACAGAAAAUCUGUCCAAAGAAUUAAGGCGAGAGAGAUUGUGCCAGGAGACAUUGUGGAAGUUGCAGUUGGUGACAAAGUCCCAGCUGACAUCAGACUGAUCAGCAUUAAAUCCACCACCCUGCGUAUUGACCAGUCCAUCCUGACAGGAGAGUCCGUCUCUGUCAUCAAACACACAGAAGUUGUUCCCGACCCCAGAGCUGUCAACCAGGACAAGAAAAACAUGCUGUUCUCCGGUACCAACGUAGGAGCUGGCAAGGCCAUUGGUGUUGUCAUUGCCACUGGCCCCAACACUGAGAUUGGUAAAAUUCGUGAUCAGAUGGCAGCCACUGAACAGGAGAAGACCCCCCUGCAGCAGAAACUUGAUGAGUUUGGAGAGCAACUGUCCAAAGUCAUUUCCCUCAUCUGUGUUGCUGUAUGGCUUAUCAACAUUGGACACUUCAAUGACCCCAUCCAUGGUGGCUCUUGGAUCAAAGGAGCUAUCUAUUACUUCAAGAUUGCUGUGGCUCUGGCUGUAGCUGCCAUCCCUGAAGGUCUCCCUGCUGUAAUCACCACAUGUCUGGCCCUGGGUACAAGACGUAUGGCCAAGAAGAAUGCCAUUGUAAGGAGCUUGCCCUCUGUAGAAACUCUUGGUUGCACCUCAGUCAUCUGCUCUGAUAAGACUGGUACUCUGACUACCAACCAGAUGUCCGUCUGCAGGAUGUUUGUAAUGGAUAAAGUUGAAGGUGAUUCUUGCACCCUGAAUGAAUUCACCAUUACUGGAUCCACCUAUGCCCCUGAAGGAGAAGUUGAGAAGAAUGAUAAGCCUGUGAAAGCUGGCCAGUAUGAUGGUUUGGUGGAGUUGGCCACAAUCUGUGCACUUUGCAAUGACUCUUCUCUCGACUUUAAUGAGUCUAAGGGUGUUUUUGAGAAGGUUGGUGAAGCUACUGAAGUUGCUCUGACAACCCUGGUUGAGAAGAUGAACGUAUUCAACACUGAAGUGAAGAGCCUGUCCAAAGUGGAGCGUGCCAAUGCCUGCAACUCUGUUAUCAAGCAACUGAUGAAGAAGGAAUUCACCCUUGAGUUCUCACGUGACAGAAAAUCCAUGUCUGUCUACUGCACACCCGCCAAGGCUUCCCGUGCUGCCGUUGGCAACAAGAUGUUUGUGAAGGGUGCCCCAGAAGGUGUGAUUGACCGUUGCAACUAUGUACGUGUUGGCACAACCCGCGUACCCCUCACUAGUGCCAUCAAGGACAAGAUUUUGAGUGUAAUCAAAGAGUGGGGCACAGGAAGAGAUACCCUGCGUUGUCUGGCUCUUGCCACAAGGGACACUCCACCAAAGAGGGAAGACAUGGUUCUGGAAGAUGCCACCAAAUUCUUUGAAUAUGAGGUUGACCUGACCUUUGUUGGAUGUGUAGGUAUGCUGGAUCCCCCACGUAAAGAGGUUGCUGGCUCCAUCCAGCUUUGCCGUGAGGCUGGCAUCCGUGUCAUCAUGAUCACUGGUGACAACAAGGGCACAGCUAUUGCCAUCUGCCGUCGUAUUGGCAUCUUUGGUGAGAAUGAAGAUGUGUCAAACCGUGCCUUCACUGGUCGUGAGUUUGAUGAUCUGCCUCCUGCAGAACAGAGGGAAGCCUGCAAGCGUGCUUCCUGCUUUGCCAGAGUCGAGCCAUCUCACAAGUCCAAGAUUGUAGAGUUCCUGCAAUCCUUCGAUGAGAUUACAGCUAUGACUGGUGACGGUGUAAAUGAUGCCCCAGCUCUGAAGAAGGCUGAGAUUGGUAUUGCUAUGGGCUCUGGUACCGCUGUGGCUAAGUCAGCCUCAGAGAUGGUGUUGGCUGAUGAUAACUUCUCCACCAUUGUGUCUGCCGUAGAAGAGGGCCGUGCCAUCUAUAACAACAUGAAGCAAUUUAUCCGCUACCUCAUUUCCUCCAACGUAGGAGAGGUCGUCUGUAUCUUCCUGACUGCUGCUCUGGGUCUGCCUGAGGCUUUGAUCCCCGUACAACUGCUCUGGGUGAACCUGGUCACAGAUGGUCUGCCUGCCACAGCCCUGGGCUUCAACCCCCCUGAUCUGGACAUCAUGGACAGAGCACCACGUAGCCCCAAGGAGCCCCUCAUCAGCGGAUGGCUCUUCUUCCGUUACAUGGCUAUUGGAGGUUAUGUUGGUGCAGCCACUGUUGCUGCUGCUGUCUGGUGGUUUAUGUCUGCUGAAGAUGGACCUCAGGUCACUUUCUACCAACUGAGCCACUUCAUGCAGUGCACAGAAGACAAUCCUGACUUUGAUGGUCAUGAAUGUGAAAUCUUUGAGUCUCCAGUUCCAAUGACCAUGGCCCUGUCUGUGUUGGUCACAAUUGAGAUGUGCAAUGCUCUGAACAGUCUUUCAGAGAACCAGUCUCUGAUCAGAAUGCCCCCAUGGUCCAACAUGUGGCUGCUGGGCUCCAUCUGCCUCUCCAUGUCCCUCCACUUCCUUAUCCUCUAUGUUGACCCUCUGCCUAUGAUCUUCAAGUUAACACCUCUAGAUGUGACUAAGUGGCUUGUUGUACUAAAGAUGUCCUUCCCUGUCAUCCUAAUUGAUGAGCUUUUGAAAUUCGUUGCCCGUAACUACCUUGAAGGAUAAAUCUUUCCUUACCACUUCCCUGUUGUUGUUGUUUAACAGAAAAACCACAGUAAAAGGAAUUCAGCUUUUUACUGAAAUAAGUCAGAUAUCAGCCCAAACCUCCAUUAAGACUUUCUGUUACACUGUCCCUUUCUGAUGUCUCAACUCGAUAUUCUGAAACACAUCACUGCCAACCUUCCAUCCGUCUUACCAAAGCCCUUACCUCCUGGUGUCCACCAGGUCCGACGGCAAGGGCUGGGUUAUCGAUGGGCUGUUUUUCUGUUUUGUUUUUUUUUUUCCAAGUGCCUUCAAAGUUGUGCUUCCAAUUUUGCCCCUUUUUAUAGCACUCCCUCCCUGUCACGCCUCAAUUAUUCCGCGUACAAGUGAAGGAAAAUAUCACCCAGCUGGAGUAUACCAGGACUAAGAAUGCCUUUUCUUUCCCCCCAGUGUCUCCUCCAUCAGUGAAAGUUACCAAGCCAGUGUUUUGUAAAUCGCAGCAUCAUGUUAUCUUGUCCCCAGCCCUCUGUGGGAGUUGCAGCUUGUAGCAAAGAAAACAAAUGGAAGCGAGAAAACCAAAGGAAAACUGUUCUAGCUAUUUAUUAAAAUUAAACAAUAAGUU